GGAGGAGGAGGGGAAGAGAUAAGUGAUCUAAAGGGGAGACGAUAGGACAAGAAAAAAAAGUGAUGAUGAAGAAUACAUUGGAAAGUUUUUUGGCCCAGGCGAGGGUGUCAGAUUGAAUGGCCUGUGCGCAUGUGCGAAGGUGUCCAAACUGACAAUGCUGGUGAGAUGAAGAUAGUGUUGUUGCUGCUUCUGGGCUCACGGAGGACGACGAGAGGAAUCUACAAGGCGACAAGAUGAGAUCCAAGGCGAGGGCGAGAAAACUGGCUAAAAAUGACAGUGAGCCAGUGGACAGCAUGUAUGACACAGAGGCCGACCUUCCGGGCUUAGCGGCUGGUGGCAUUUGCACAGACAGUCCAGAAGACGAUGCAGAAGACGGCGUCCUCAACAUGUCUCCCCUGCCGUCACCGACUCCCUCCCAUCCAAAUAAUAACCACCACCACCUACUGCACCCCCACAUCUACAGCAGCAGCCACCAUCACCUCCACAACAACAACAGCAGUAGCAAUGACCAGGACUUCACCACACCCAAGGAAGGCUCGCCUUAUGAGGCACCCGUCUACAUUCCAGACGACAUUCCGAUUCCCAGCGAUCUGGAGCUGCGGGAAUCUUCUGUGCCAGGUGCGGGCUUGGGCGUUUGGGCCAAGACCCGAAUCGGUGCUGGAAAGAGGUUCGGUCUGCACAACGCAGGCAAAGGCAACUCCUUUGGAUGGGAGAUGAUGAAUGACCAUGAAGAUGCAUCCCCGGACAACUGCGUAAAAAAGGUGGUGGACGACAUGGGCAACAUCAAGUUUUCGCUGGACACCGGCCCGGACGCCGCCAGCAACAGCUGGCUCAAGUAUGUCCGCUCCGCCCCCUCGUUUGAGGAGCAGAACCUCGCCGCCUGCCACCUCACUGGAGACCAGAUUUAUUAUAAAAGUGUCCGGGACAUUGAGGCAGGGGAGGAGCUUUUAGUUUAUAUGAAGGACGGCAUUUUCCCGGAGGGAUCCAUGGCACCCAAUUUACAAGAUGAGCAGAUGUACCGUUGCGAAGACUGUGAUGAACUGUUCUCAUCAACACUUGAGUUGCGGCGGCACCAGAAGUAUUCAUGCACCAAUGCAGGCUCCAUCUUUGACACCCUGAGAGAAGACUUCAAACAGGAGCGGGAGGACAGUGAUGAGCCUGUCCAUGAGUGUAAAGAUUGUGAGAAGAUCUUCCCAAAUGAAUACAGUCUGGGCCAACAUAUGAUAGUCCACACAGAGGAGCGGGAGUACAAAUGUGACCAGUGUCCCAAAGCCUUCAACUGGAAGUCCAACCUCAUCCGUCACCAGAUGUCACAUGACAGCGGCAAGCGCUUUGAGUGUGAAAAUUGUGAUAAGGUACAGCAUACCCGGCACGUGUUCACAGAUCCAAGCAACCUACAGCGUCACAUCCGCUCCCAACACGUGGGGGCGAGAGCUCAUACUUGUCCUGAAUGUGGCAAGACCUUCGCCACCUCAUCAGGCCUCAAACAGCAUAAGCACAUCCACAGCAGUGUCAAACCUUUUAUCUGCCCUGAUGGGCUGCCUCUUCUUGUACCCCCAGGUGAGGUUUGCCACAAAUCCUACACGCAGUUCUCCAAUCUCUGCCGCCACAAGCGCAUGCAUGCUGACUGCCGCACUCAGAUAAAGUGUAAGGACUGUGGCCAGUUGUUCAGCACUACCUCCUCCCUAAACAAGCACCGCCGCUUUUGCGAAGGCAAAAACCAUUACGGCUCUCCAACGGGGAUGUUCAAUCCCGGCAUCCCCAUGAGCUCCAGCCCUAUCAUGGCCAAGGCCAAGUCCCACCAUCCCCACCUUCCUGGUCUGAACCAAUCAGGUUUAGGCUUCACUGACUACUUUCCUUCCAGACCUCACCCCCAUGCUGGCUUGCCCUUCUCGCCAGGACCUCAUGGUUUCCCCUCCCUCCCUCAUGGUUUCCCAGGCAUUUUUCCACCAUCACUGUAUCCACGACCACCAUUAUUGCCAGCCAGUCCUAUGAUGAAGACGCCCCUUGGCAGCAGCACCCAAGAGGUCAAGCUGCCUCAGAGUCCUAUAGAUGGCCCUCCAUUGUCCUUGGUUAGCUCCACAAACAGUAAUGGAGGCAACAGUAUAAGCAUGGCCGAGGACAAAGAUGGUGAGACUAAACUGGAUUUUUCCUCUGGUGGAGAGGCAAAAACUAAAUCCAAGAUGGCAGACAUUUCAGAUGGUAGUGACCUUGAAGAUGUUAACACCACAAGCGGGACAGAUUUGGACACCACAACUGGUACGGCCUCUGGCGACGGUUCCGACCUGGAGAGCGAUGGGGACAGUGAACGCGAGCGCAACGGCAAAAGAAGGAAGUCAUCUAUCGCCCUAUCAAGUCAAGAUGGGCACCGGUUAGACGACACAAACAGCACAGUGUUACCAGCCGUGUCCAGUUCAGGGAAUCUCUCCAUUGAUCGCCCCUUUUUGUCCUCUGCAUCAACACAGCACUCUUUCUUCCCUCCACCCGAUGAGCAAGCACUCCCGCCCACCAUGAAUGCUAACGCAGCCACUGAUUCCAUCAAAGCCAUUGCUUCUAUUGCUGAGAAAUAUUUUGGUCCAGGUUUGAUAGGCCUCCAUCAAGAGAAGAAGAUGGGCCCCUUGCCCUACCACUCUAUGUUCCCCUUCCACUUCCUACCCAAUUUUCACAACUCCAUCUACCCAUUUAGCACCGAUCGAGGUGCCCUCAACUCUGGCCUGUUCUUUAAAGGAGAGCCUAAAUCGCCUCGUGAGCAGCUGCAUAAGAUGGUUUCUGGUGCUCUUGGAGCUGCUCCAGUUCCUACAGGAGAAUCACCAUGUGAUCUCAGCACAAAGCCCAAGGAGAGUAAGUUAUCUCCUCCAACUCCUACCAACCCCUCAAAUCCAAGCCAUCAUACUGGGGGCAGUAGUGGUCCUUCAGUAAUAUCUAGCGGUGAAGAACAACCACUGGAUCUCAGUAUUAACAGCAGAAGCCGAGGGGAUCACAACGGCAUGGCAGCUGAACCACACAGUCAAAAGAACCAAGUCUACGGAGUUGGAAAAGGGGUGUCUAUCAAGGAUGAAGCUCCUGGCUUUCCACAUCCCCAUUCCCAGUCUCUGCAUCAAUCCCCCAUCGCGCCUCACCAACAACCACAAGCACAGCCACACCAACCACCGCCUCUCCACUACGCCAAACCCUCUGCCUUCUUCAUGGACCCCAUAUACAGCAGGGUGGAGAAGAGGAAGCUACUUGACCCUGUAGGAGCUCUGAAGGAGAAGUUCCUCAGGCCCUCACCUCAGCUUUUCCAUCCACAGCAGAUGUCUGCCAUGGAGAACAUGACAGAAAAACUGGAGAGCUUUGGUGCUCUAAAACUGGAUGUGCCGCCCACCUCACUGCAACAUUCGGCUCACCCUCUUUUCAACUUCCGCUCGCCCCCACCUUCGCUCUCGGACGCCAUCCUCCGUAAGGGCAAGGAGCGCUACGCCUGCAGGUACUGUGGGAAAAUCUUCCCCCGCUCGGCAAACCUCACCAGACAUUUGCGAACGCACACAGGCGAACAACCAUACAGGUGUAAGUACUGUGAUCGCUCAUUCAGCAUCUCGUCCAACCUGCAACGCCACGUUCGCAACAUCCACAACAAGGAGAAGCCCUUCAAGUGUCACCUGUGCAACCGCUGCUUCGGCCAGCAAACCAACCUGGACCGCCAUCUCAAGAAGCACGAGCAUGAGAACAUUCCUGUGAGCCAACAGUCUGGGAUGAUUUCCAACUUAGGAACCACCAUCUCCUCGCCAAACUCCGAGCCAGACAAUCAUGCACUUUUAGAUGAGAAAGAGGACUCGUACUUCUCAGAAAUACGUAACUUCAUUUCCAACAGUGAGAUGAACCAGCCCUCCAGCUCUACGGAUAAGAGAUCUGACCUGGCCGAUGCAGAGGAGCACCACACAGGUGGCCGCAGUUUGUCCAACCCCAAGCUGGCCCUUCAGGGUCUGGAGGAGGAGGAAGAGGAAGUGGAGGGUGACGACGAAGAGGAAGAGGAAGGCAGCCUGACAGAAAAGUCUCACGACGAGGCGCCUGAAUCCCCGUCUCCCGUUACAACACGCGUGUAUGAAGAAGAGGAGGACGAGGAAGAGGCUGCUCCAUUAUCGAUGAGCUAUGAACACUCUCGCAGGUGUUUAGAGGAGGAGGGCCCCCUCCUGGACCUUGACGGUCUUUCCAGCUUUCCCAAAGGCCUGGAUGGCUUGCGUAAAGCAGCCGCUGAUGAGCAACAUUUUGACGUUAAAGACAUAUUUAACACUUCGCUAGAGUCGGACACCUUGAAAGAGACCUUGUACAGACAGGCUAAGACGCAGGCUUAUGCAAUGAUGCUGUCUCUCUCGGACAACAACCCUUUGCACGCGCCCUCCCAGAACUCUCUGGACGCUUGGCUGGGCAUAGGAGGCGGACCGUCUGAGACGAGCAGCUUUCACCCGCUCAACCACAUCUAGAAAAGAAAGAACAAGAGGAGGUUGGCGUAGGCGUAGAAACCAUAGGUUGCAUAGAGUUGGACACAAGUAGUGAGACAACUUCAAGAACGGAGAUUUCAGCGUUGCACACAUUCAACAUGUGCACGUGUGUGUGUAUGUGUAUGUGUGUGUGUGUGUCUCUGUGUGUGUUCGAGAGAGAAUUUUGUGUGUUUGUGUGUGUGUGAGAGAGAGAGGGGAGAGAGGGACUCAAAAAGAAAGCACUGCUAAAGCUCCUGUUGAUGUGAAGGACAUACACGAUGAAUGCUUCUCAGAUCCUCCCCAAGUCCAAAAAGCCCAACAAGUCUCACUUGGGCACCAUAGAGAGUCAUGUGACACUCUCCAGACACUUAAAUAACACGUCACUAAAGGUCCUGUGUGUGUUGUGUGUGUGAGUAUGAGAAGCCAAGAAGAAGAAAACGCACUGCAGCAUUAGGACUGCAUGUCCACAGGGGGGUGCUGUUUCACACCAAGUGACACUAAGGGGGACACUUUUGGUUCCUCCCCCUCCCAGCACUUGUGACUGCAGAAUCAGCGACACAAAAUGUUAAAGAGGAAAUGAAUUCACACUGACUGAUUUUAGUGAUUGUUUCCCAGUCUGAUCAUCCAAAAUCUCACACAAAAACAAUGAGGAUCCCCUGCUUCUUCAUCUCAUGUCAUUUUUAAAAACACAAAUCAUUUCCUUUGCAUAGAUACCACAGUAUUGUUUCAUUGUAGGCACCACCAUGCUUAAUUAUUAAUAUAAUUCUUUUAGAGACGGACCAAAAUUGUAUGAUAAUGUUGUAUGAUGUACUAGAUGUUCAUAUAGCGAGGGUGAUGUGCCAAAUAACCCAUAGAAAAUGUUUUUUGUUCUCUGACAAUCAUUUCAUUUCCAUUUUGCUCCAAUAUAUUUGAUUUCACAAGUGUGCGUGUAUGUAUUUAUUUUAUUCUUUUUGGGGGUCUUGUUCAGUCAUUCUAUGAGAGAGCGAAGAAAAGAGCUCUUCUUUUUGAAGGAAGAAACAUCAGACAGAGCGAGAUGGAGAUUCAGAAUCUCCACGUUUGGUGUGCCAUCAUGGAAAGAAUUCAUUAAAUGUGUUGUUUUUAUUUAUAGUGGAAGAAGGUUAUAGUUUUAAAUCCUCUUUGGCACUGCAGUGGUUAGUUUUUUUUCUGUCCCAUUUCACCCAUGUAAGUAUUAUCUGUUGUGGGGGUGGGGGUCAGCCUUGAGGCCACCAUUAAUGUCAAAAUGUGGCAUGACACGACCACAGUCUUAGCAUCUUAGCAUAACUAACUGUAAACAAGCUGUCCAGACCCAUUCAUCCACCAUUUACUGCUUCAACAGGCAUUCAACCUCAACUGGUUGGUCUUUCAUACAUCCAAAUUGUAACCAUGACUACCAUGGAUGCUCCCAUGACAUCAAACUCAUUCCAUGUAGUCUACAAAGUAACUGAAGGGGCAAAAGUUAUAUAGACUGUAGAUCAAUGUAGAUCGACUUUAAGGAAGGAGGUUGUCGUUCCUCCUGCAUACUGAGAUGUUUCACAACAAGGGCCUGAUGCUGUAUUUUGAAGCUAGCACUUAAAUGAAACCACAUGGGUCCAAGCCAUACAUUGCUCAGGCUUAGGUCUCGUUUCAAGACGGAAGGAACACUGUAUACUUUUCUUGGGCUACACGAAGGACUGCUGCAUCAUCUCAUUUUUCUAAAGACAAAAAUCUUUCUUUUUUUUCAUUUACUUUAUGAAAUGUAAAGACGUGGGUUGCCUGGAUGUUGUGAUUCCCGUCAUGGACUACUGUACUACGGAUGCGCUGUGUAAAGGCAUUGAAGCAUUCCAUUAUUCCCACUUCAGAAAGUAUUCUGGCAGAUGGUCAUGGAGAUAUGUUGUCAAUAUGGUUGCUGUUUCCCCCUUUCCCCUCACUGUUACAGGAGGAAGAAAAUAUAGACAUUGUUUCUUAUUAACUGUAUAGUCUUUUAAAGAUGGCAAAACAAUGGUGCAUUUGUCCCGAAGGAAGAAAACACACAACAACAAAAAAAAAUAAUGGAAAAAUAUGGGUUUUAAUGGAUGGUGCUUGUUUGUUUGGCUCUAAGUUGUAUAUUGCCUCUGUUAUGUUUAUUGAAACAGACAAAAAAAAAAAAGAUAAUGUGCAUGACGUGUUUAGCAGUCAUAAUUAUGUCCAUUUGUGAAUUGUGUAUCAAAUCAAAAAAUGAGGAGGGGAAAAAAGACAAAAAAGAAGAAAUCCGUAGAUGCACUUAUUGUAAAUGUGGUUAGGUUUAGUAGACUUCGAGUUCUUGACUGCCUUACACGUGUUUGUUUGGGCAGGAUGAGGAGAGAAAAAAAGACUUGUGGGAGAAGAUGUAAUGAAAAACAAAUAAAGGAUUGUAGAAUAAUGCUGAACAAUUCUGAAAAUUGCAGUUCUUUUGAUGCUUGUGAUUAUUGAAAAUGUACUUUAGAGAAAUUUCAUUGAAAAGAUAUGACUCUGAUGUUAAUUCUGUAGAAUAGCAAUGUAUACCAAAUGUAAUCUUUCCAAUCCUAUGAAGAAUUUAUACAUGAAAUUGAUAUGCAAUAAAACCUGUGUGCUUUUUAAAAGGAACGGCCACCACUCAAUUAUUAUUAUUAUUUCUUUCAGCUAUAGUAGAAGAGGAAAUACAAUACAGUGUCACUUCACGUCAAAUCUUGGACCAUUUAGUUUUAAUAAUUGAAACAACAUUAAAAUGAAUACAUAGAACACA